GUGGGUACUCAUAGUCCCCUCACUUGUCAGGUGGGUACUCAUAGUGCCCUCACUUGUCAGGUGGGUACUCAUAGUCCCCACACUUGUCAGGUGGGUACUCAUAGUCCCCACACUUGUCAGGUGGGUACUCAUAGUGCCCUCACUUGUCAGGUGGGUACUCAUAGUCCCCUCACUUGUCAGGUGGGUACUCAUAGUGCCCUCACUUGUCAGGUGGGUACUCAUAGUCCCCACACUUGUCUGGUGGGUACUCAUAGUCCCCUCACUUGUCAGGUGGGUACUCAUAGUCCCCUCACUUGUCAGGUGGGUACUCAUAGUGCCCUCACUUGUCAGGUGGGUACUCAUAGUCCCCACACUUGUCUGGUGGGUACUCAUAGUCCCCUCACUUGUCAGGUGGGUACUCAUAGUGCCCUCACUUGUCAGGUGGGUACUCAUAGUCCCCACACUUGUCAG